UUAAACAAAUUAAAUACAUCUAAUAUACCAGAAGAUAUAUAUAACCUAGAUGCUGAAUUAGAUUCAAGUUCUCCUGAUCAACUUUUGUCAAGUAAAGUUACUGUUACUAAUAGUUUAAGUUGUAUCAUGCAUACAAUACAACUUGCGUUGGGAGAUAGAUUUGAUGAUACUAAAGUUAGUAACUUAAUAAGUAAAGCAAAAACAUUAAAUAGUUAUGUCAGUGAUAAAGAUAAAUACCAUGAAAGCCUUUGUGAAUUACAAGCUAAAUUAAAUUCACAACACCAAGUUAAUCCUCUUUCAAGUGAUACAAGAACUCAUUAG